CAAGCUGGAAGAGGGCCGGCAGGGUCUUUUGGGCACUCCAGGCAAACUAGGCAUGGCUGGGAGGAUGCAGGGACAUGCUGGGCUGCCGAGCAAGUUUCGGCUGAUAUUUGCCGAUCCUGCAAUCAGCGGUGGAUCCAUCAUGCAAAUGAUGGAGCUUCCCACUCCUCUGACCAUGGCAAAGGUUGCUGCAACGCUUGAGAGCCACCCUGUCUUUCAAUUUCAGGACUUGUGCGACCAGCGUGGGGUGAAAGCUGCGGAUGCUGGUAUUCUUCUACAAGGCCUGGACGGCCCUCGAAGAAGUCCACUCCAUAGCGACAAAGACAUUGAUAGUUUCUUGCACAACUUGCAAACGAGCAGGAUCCCGGUUAUCGAGGCGCAGCUGCCAUACGAAAGCAUGCUGCAAGCUGCGUCGGAGCUGCAUGCGAGCGCUCCAAGCAGGAGGCAUCGUGGUCGCGACCCUCGUGAUCAGAUCGAGGAGCUUGAAGAUGCUAAUGACAAGCUGACCCGGGCCACAGACCGGGUUGAACGGAGAUUAGCUGAACUGGAGCACCAGCUAGCGACCACAGAUGAAAGGACCGAGCGGUCUGUGGGCAUCGCUCGGCGAGAGAUGAUGACCUUCCUGGAGCAGUCAGUGCUGGAAACAAAUCAGAGGAUUGCUGCAUUGAAGGAGGACGACGCUGGCAUCCUCAAGGAACUUGAUAUUGUCAGGCAACAUAGCGCAUCAGUACAGCAGAACGACCUAAAGCAUCACAAGGAGAUUUUGGAGCAACUGGAUGCCUUUGCCAGGAGAGUUGAUGAGCAGUUCGACGAGGCGAAUACAUGUUUGGACCAGCUCAAAGAAGAAGAUGCUCGCCUCGACGCAGAGGCCCUUGCAACCAAGUCAGAUCAUGGUGCUCAGCUGGAAGGGCAGCUCGAGGAGCUGCGACGCCUGGAGGAGGAGAAGGUGAGCGUCUCUACUUGGCAGUCGGAGGGCGAUGCCAUGCUGGGCAGCAUCACGAAGGAUGUUGAACGGCUCAAGCAAGACUUGACCCAGGAGAUUUCAGACCUGAACAGUCGAUUUAAGGGUGAGUGUGACUCCACAGCGGACAGGUUUCGAUCAGAGGUAUCCGAACGUCAGGCCAACGAUCAGGAACUCAACAGGAUAUUGUCGGAAACUACACAGCGCCUCGAUGCUCAGUUGCGCAAGCUGGAAGAAGAGACCCAGGCUAGCUUCAGAGCAGGAAGUGAUGCCUUGCAGGAUACAAACCUCAAGCUGCAGGAGUCCAUCGAUACUCAGGUCUCAGAGCUUUCCAACCAGACGGACAAGCACUUUGACCAACUCGAGCACACUGUCGAUCAUAAGGACGAGAAACUUCACAAGAGAGUGGACGAGCUGACGGGCAAAUGUGAAGCUACAUUUCAGAGCAUUGCUGAAAGACUAGAAGCCAUUGCACAAGAAGAGCGGGACAGGCUCAGCCUGCUGAAUCAAGAGCUCACGGAGAACUUGAUUAAAGCUCGGGCAGACCUGUACGCCAACAUCGAGCGUGUUCGCUCGGACUACGAACAAGAUGCUGCGCGUUUGGACUCCGACUUGGCAGAUCUUCACAUGAAGUACGAUGUCACAAAGCAGGAGAUCAACUUCUUCCAGUCCAAGCUGAAGGACCAGCGAGAGUGGACAGAGCGUUGCUUGGCGGAGAGCAGUACGGCCACUCGAGCAGCUGCUUUGGACUCCCAAGAAGGCUUGGCUGCUACCACGAAGAUGCUCCAUGCGCUGCGAGAUGAUGCUGUCAGCUUCCGUGAAAAGAUGGCAAAGUACAUCAGCAUUUUGCAGCAUUCGUCUGACCAGCAAGGCGAGGCCAUCAAUUCAUUGGAGAUCAAUCGCACGCGCAUGCGUGCAGAGCUCGAUGCUUUGGUCGCUGACCACAAGGCUUACACCACAGAUAUGGACGAUUGGGCAGACGAUGUUCGGGUGAAGGUGGAGCGGCUCUUCCGCGCGCUGGAGCCUACAAAGGUUGAAUGGCGCAUUGAAAAAGCCACACAAAAAGCAAAGGAGCUGAAGAAGCCUUUGGCUGUAAAAUCACCGAUGUUUGGCAUCAGAGGUAUUCGUGAGGGCCACUUGGAGUUCUUCCCGGAUGGCCACAACAAUACGCCAGAUGGCAAGGCUUGCCUACGCCUUUUCGUUCCGCCUCAGGCCCAUAUCCGUUACCAAUGCUGGAUUGGCAAAAGCACCGAAGGGCCUCGGGAGCGGACUCCCGGGGACAAUUUGUCGGUUGAUAUGUACCUCGCAGACUGGGAGGAUCAAGUUUCAGAUGAUGGCGCAGUUCCUGUUGUCCUGGAGGUCCUCCGUGACUACAACAAUGAUGAUGCGUCACUGGCGAGGGAGAUCCGUGUGAACAGCACGUGAAGUGUUGUGCUAAGCAGUUUGGAUGAUGAAGAAGGUUAUACGUUAUACGUUAUACAUUAUAGACACUCUGUACAACCCUUUCCAAAGAUGCAAGUGACAUGUUUAAUUUGUUGUUAUUUUCAUUAUAUAAUCGUUUGCGUGUGGUGACAUCGGGUGAGACAGCACACAGACGAAUAGCUCGACACAAGAGUGGGCUUGCAUUGGCGCUUUCAGGAAGGACAGCUCUUGUUUUGAGGAGCCAAAAUUUGCAUGGUAGGAAGGAAGGCAUCCGUUUCGAUUGCGGAGAUGCCCAUUGUUCUGCUAAGCUGCCAUGUUGCAAGCUGGCAAAGGUUUCGCAAGGCCUCAAUGCUCCAGAUGCAAAAGCAUGGAGCAGAAAGAUGGUCAGAAGAAUCUGAUGACGAAAAAGUUGUGUUGGGAUUUAUGUCGACUCAUCAAUUCUGU